GUACACGAACGACAGCGGGUGCCCGACGCCGCCGUCGUCGCCGACAACGGGUGACCUCGACCCGGGGACGGGCGCGUACUCGCCGUGGCGCACGGGCGACUUGGGCCCCGGGGCGCUCGACUACGGGCACUAUGCGGUGAAGGUGCUGCCGGAGACGUACCCGACGUGCGCGCUGGACCUGGUCCCCGCGGUCGCGUCGUCCGAUGUGUUCUCGGCGAUUCCGCUGCCGGUGUGGAGGGACUGCUUUGGGGAGAUGCUGCCGCGGGAGCUGCAGGUGCUGGUUAUGCGCGCGGUCGUUGACGUGCAUGAUCUCGACCAGCGCAAAUUAGUUGAGGAUGGAUCGUGGACCAUUGGGAAGGCGACGUCGGCCAAGAACCAGUGGGUUGGGAGGAAUCGCGGG